UGUCCGAAUCGAUAUAUCCCCCAGUGGUUGAUACCACCUCUGGCAACCAACCGCCCUCAGGGCCAGGAUCAGGGAAGAAGGAAACAAUCCUACAAAAGAUCUACGCCCAACGAGCGAAGGAUGUCGAAAAAGCCAAAUUCACACCAGGAACGACACCCGCCGACCUCGAGGCCCAGCUCGCGAUGAACCUCGCUCCACCACUCAUUGACGUCGUCCAACGUCUGCGACGGAAUCCAUCCACCUCUUCGCCCAACCUAAAGAACGCCCCGACACCCUCACUCAUGGCCGAAAUCAAACGCGCCUCGCCCUCGAAAGGGCCUAUCGCACCAGAUACGAACGCCCCCGCUCAAGCGUUGACUUACGCGCUCGCGGGAGCAUCACUCAUCUCAGUCCUCACUGAGCCUACGUGGUUCCUCGGAUCAUUAACGGACAUGCGCCUCGUCCGGCAGACGCUGUCCACACUGCCUGACCGGCCCGCCGUCCUGCGCAAGACUUCAUCCUCGUAGA